AUGUUUUUCGUCAGGAACAAGGACGGCUCACUACGCCCCAUAAUAGAUUAUCGCUGUCUCAACAACACCACUGUGAAAAACCGCUAUCCACUACCUCUGAUUCCUGAGUUGAUUGAACAACUACAGACUUCCAAAAGCUACACCAAACUGGAUCUCAAAGGGGCCUAUAACCUGAUCAGGAUACGCACAGGGGACGAAUGGAAGACAGCCUUCAGAACUCGGUACGGUCUCUAUGAAUACACAGUCAUGCCGUUCGGGUUGUGUAACGCUCCCGCAACUUUCCAGCACUUUGUCAAUGACAUCUUUCAUGACUUACUGGAUGUAUGUCUCAUAGUGUACUUGGACGACAUCCUUAUUUAUUCCAAUACCCCUGCGGAACAUAAGAAACAUGUCCGCUGGGUCCUGUCUAGACUCAGAGCCCAUUCUCUCUAUGUCAAGCUGGAGAAGUGUAUAUUCGACCAACCCUCCAUAUCCUUUCUUGGCUACAGGAUCACUCCGGACAGGAUUCAAAUGGACCAGUCUAAGGUUGACUGCAUCUUGACCUGGCCGAUCCCCCGUUCCAGGAAGGCUCUACAAUGUUUCCUUGGCUUCUCGAACUAUUAA